AAGGAGGAGAGGCAGAGGAGAAGGAAGAAGAGGAGAGAGGAGGACAACGACAAAGAGCACAAGCAUCUGUAUGCAAAUCAGGACCGUCUUGAAUAUUUACACCACCUUAUUUUAUUCACGACAACAGCAUGGCUGAGGGCUCACUGUCUGUAGCAGAGGUGGAGAUUGCCUUCCAGAAGUUUGCGGUCCAUGGAGACACGAAGGCCACUGGGAAGGAGAUGAAUGGCAAGAACUUUGCUAAGAUCUGCAAGGACUGUCAUGUCAUUGACGGCAAGAAUGUCACCACCACAGAUGUUGACAUAGUUUUCAGCAAAGUCAAGGCAAAGUCAGCUCGUGUUAUCACGUUUGAGCAGUUCAACCAGGCCCUGACAGAGUUGGCUCCCAAACGUUUCAAAGGCAAAAGCAAAGAGGAGGCGCUUCAGCAGCUUUAUGGUCUCAUUGUUGGCAAGGAGCCAGCCAAUGUUGGAGUCACCAAAGUGGCAAAGGCAGCAGCUGUGGACAGACUGACGGACACAAGCAAAUACACUGGAGCCCACAAGGAGCGCUUCGAUGAGUCCGGCAAAGGAAAAGGCAAAGCUGGGCGGGAGGAUAUCCCAGACACCAGUGGAUACGUUUCAGCCUACAAGGGCAGUGGCACUUAUGACUCCAAAGUGAAAGAGGCAUAAUUCAAAGAAAAAUCAGAACACUUUAUCAACACCAUAACAGGAGUUUCAAAUAUAGGGAAACCAUCCAGGAAAAUGAAAGAAAAAAUAUCCCAAAAUUUUCCUAAGAUCAUGAAAAAGAAUAUUUUCAGUUAGAAAGGCUAUACUUUAUGAGUUUUCCCAUUUGCAGUGGUUUUAGGACCAACAGAAAGACCUGGACUUCUAGCCAAGCAUGCUUUAAAGAAACUAAUACCUGUUUUAUAUUUAACACCGUGCCUUACAGUUAACACAGCCACUAGUAUCACUGAUGCUGUGAUGUUCAAGUGUUUGCUACAGUUCUUUUUCAGCCAGCUUGAUGCAGUAGUGUGCUUAUCCUUUCUUAUUUCAGUGCCUUUUGCAAUAAACCAAGUAAAACAUCAUGAAAAUAAAACUUGUGCAAGAAGAGCAUGUACUUACUACGGUGAAAAGCAUUAAAGACAGCUGGACUAUAUUGUUCAGACAAGGCCAGCGUACUUAUUCAAACCAGGAUUGGGUAGAUUCCAGAAGACUUAAGUAACUAAGAGUAGUUUAAAUUGAUUUUCUUAUAAAUUUGCCUUGGUAUUUUUGUGCACAUGAAUAGAAAUAUGCAGAAAUCACAUUUGUAAAUAGAUGUAUGCACCUUGAAUGCAAUUACUGUGGUUGAAAUAUGUAAAUAUAGUAUGAAAGUUAACAGCAGUACAACAAAUAUUUCAAAGUAUAAAUAGAACAACAUGACUGUUAUUUAGUAGACAUAGAAAGUCUUCAUUUUUUUUUAUUCUUACAAACUCACAGUUGUACUUUUAUUCUUAUUGCUGAAACAGUACAUCAUUUCAUGUUGUAUAAAAGUUAAAUUACUUUAACCGAAACUAAGAGUUUGAAUUGUAGAAGUCUUGACGGAUCAAAUAACAAUUUGCACCAAAUUAACAGUAUGUAAAUGAAUAUUGUAUUUUAUUUUAUAUUUCUGUCAUCUAGUAGGGAUGCUGCCAUGUAACAUCCCAAAACAAGAAAAUUAUGUUUGUCAUUUGACUUUAUACUAGAACAGUCGUAUAUUUAUAUUUAGUAACAGUCAGAAUAUAUAUAUUCACAUAUAAAUAGGGACUUCUAGAUCUGGAUGUGAGCUUUAACAUAAGCACUGCUGUAUGGUAGCAAAGCCAUUGUACAAUUUAGUCUGCGUUUAAGGUUUCAUAUUAAUGAACUUAAAUUGUCUGUUGCAGCUAUAAACAACACUAACCAAUGAUCUAUCUGUGUGUAAGCAUGCAUGUGUACAUUUGUGGUUGUGAGUGUAACAGUGUCUGAAAAGCCCACUGAAGUGUAAAAAUAGCUUUAUUUAAAAUGCUUUCAGUAAAUAAUCUAAAGAAAAGAAAGAUGAGGAAUAUCUUUCAAAUCCCUGCUGAUUUCCUGAAAUAGCUUGGAUACAAUUUCUAAACACAAAGGGUCAUGGUAGAACAAUAAACAGAACAAUAGCCUGAGCAUACAGCUGUCCCACCACCUUGGCCUUCCCUGGAAUGUAAUACUCCUGACAUUCGUGCUAAAUUCACUGGACCCACUAAACGAUACUUUGAGAAAAGUCUUCAUGUUAAAGAGAGCUUACCCUUCCUUAUCUCCCUCUAUAAACCUGGGCUGAUAAGCAUCGCCUGUGUUUUUUUUGUUUUUGUGUAAACUGCCAUUGAAAUUCAUGAUCCAGAGAAAUUUCUGCAUUGCCAUGCUCAGUUCAUAAAUACAUAUCAGCACCAGAAUAAA